AUGGCAGCCUCACUCCAAGCAGCUGCAACUUUCAUGCAACACAGCAGGGUGGGAGGUAUCCAAACCCGACCUACCCUACAACUGAGGUCUUCUCCUAGCCUUUGCAAGGCUUUCGGCGUAGAAUCCACCGGAGCUAGGGUGACAUGCUCCCUGCAAUCUGAUCUUAAGAGCUUGGCUCACAAGUGUGCUGACGCAGCCAAAGUUGCCGCCUUUGCCCUUGCCACUUCUGCGCUUGUAGUUUCUGGUGCGGGUGCUGAAGGUGUUCCAAAGAGGCUAACUUAUGAUGAAAUUCAAAGCAAGACAUAUAUGGAAGUGAAGGGAACUGGAACUGCUAACCAGUGCCCAACCAUUGAAGGUGGAUCUGAAAGCUUCACUUUCAAGGCUGGCAAAUACAAUGCCAAGAAGUUCUGUCUAGAACCUACAUCAUUUACUGUGAAAGCUGAGAGUGUAGGAAAGAACGGCCCACCUGAAUUCCAGAAGACCAAACUUAUGACCCGCUUGACCUAUACACUAGAUGAAAUUGAGGGACCCUUUGAGGUUGCAUCAGAUGGAAGCGUUAAGUUUGAGGAGAAAGAUGGAAUUGAUUAUGCUGCUGUUACAGUUCAGCUUCCUGGCGGAGAGCGUGUGCCCUUCCUCUUCACAAUUAAGCAGCUAGUAGCAUCUGGAAAACCAGAUAGCUUUUCGGGAGAUUUUCUUGUGCCAUCUUACAGGGGUUCAUCCUUUCUUGACCCAAAAGGCCGAGGUGGUUCCACUGGUUACGAUAACGCAGUUGCAUUACCUGCUGGAGGAAGAGGAGAUGAAGAGGAGCUUGCUAAGGAGAAUACAAAGAAUACAGCAUCUUCAACUGGGAAGAUUACCUUUAGUGUUACCAACAGCAAGCCAGAGACUGGGGAGGUGAUUGGAGUGUUUGAGAGCAUUCAACCAUCUGAUACUGAUUUGGGAGCUAAGGUUCCCAAGGAUGUGAAAAUCCAAGGUGUAUGGUAUGCUCAACUUGAUUAGUAGGGUAGAAUCAACUGUAAUUUGUUUCUUGGUUAAGAUUUUGUUGUGCUAUAAUCUUGUUGAUGAAGUCUCGACUGACCCUGUAAGGCGUAAGCUUUGAGACUAUUAUCUUGAUUGUAUAUUAUGAUAAUCGGAUAAGAACUUCAAAAUCCUUUAAAUUUCAAGUA